AUGGCGGCGGCAGCCAUUGCAGACUCGGCCAAGCACUCGGUGCGGUCUGCUGAGCGUGGUAACGUCCAGGGGUUAGUGACGUACUACGACAGACUGGCAGAUGUCAAGGUCCCGUCCGUGAUUGGAACGGCCAAGGACAUGCGUCAGGAGCGGAAUCAGCAUACAGAAGACGCUCUUGACGAAAGGAUUGAGGAGGUUGAACAGGAGCAGGAGCAGCAAGACAGCAAGCACGAGUCGAGUGGUGCACUGGAAGUUACUUGUGCACCGUUGUCGUCGUCGUCCAUGCUCGCCCCGAACUUCGAGAGCAAGAUUCGAGAGCCCAGAUCGCGCGAGCGUCAUCUGAAGAUCCAUUCGGUGCGACGGUCGACUUCGAAAGGCGUAUCACGAGGUCGCAUGUCUCCGCCUAGCUCUGAUAGCGGGACUCAUGCAGUGUACGUGCAACCACCGACCCCUGUCUCCAGUCGAGUGCGUGCCCCUGUCGCGAGCUACGCGGCGUUUGCUGCCAGGAUAGAGAGCUCGCAGUCGCGGCUAUUGGAAUUCGAAAAGGACGAGCGAUGGCUCGUGCAAGUCGAGACUAUGAAGGGUCGAGUCGAGGCACUCAAGAGGAAAUCGCAGCUGGCUGGCUUUGCAAGGGAGGUGGUGGCCAGUAGUUCUUCACGGAAGACUAGGAGCUUGAGCGAGUGCAGCAGCGUCUCAACGGGAUCUACCGCGUCAAUGUCGUCAAUGGAUACGCUCGAAGGCAGUAGUUGUCAGUAA